GACUUCCUCUUCAAGGGCUUAAACCAACCCGGGAACACAGCAAACCAGUUGGGAUCGAAGGUGACUCCUGUUUUUGUCACGCAACUCCCGGGAUUGAACACACUCGGCAUCUCACUUGCUCGCAUAGACUUUGCGCCUUAUGGUCUUAUCCCUCCUCACACUCACCCGAGGGCUAGCGAGAUACUUGUGGUGAUACAAGGCACUCUUGCUGUCGGCUUCGUGGCAUCCAAUAAUCCGGACAACAAGCUCUUCACAAAGGUUCUUAAUGAGGGAGAUGUCUUUGUCUUUCCACAAGGUCUCAUCCACUUUCAGCUCAACAUUGGAAAUAAAAAUGCAGUGUCUAUUUCCGGGCUCAGCAGCCAGAAUCCGGGAGUGAUUACUAUUGCCAAUGCAGUAUUUGGAUCAAAGCCACCUAUCUCUCCCUAUAUUUUAGAGAAGGCUUUCCAGCUUGAUCAGAAGACAGUGGAAAUACUUCAGGCCAAAUUCUGGACGAACAAUAGCUAGAGAUCUAUCAUUGGUUGCUUAAUUGCUUG